GAGACACAUUUCCUGUUGAUUUAUUUACGAAACUUCCAUCACAGUUCAUCAUAUGACGCAGCCUUCUGGAACUUCAGCUUUACAUAGUAAAAAACAUCGCAUGCGUCACAUUUUACGACUCAUAAGUCGUACGUCUCGAUAUGGACAUCUUUUUCCACUAAACGGUAAAUUUAAUUGCCAAAAAGACGAGAAAAUUUGUCUGAAUAUUGGCUUGUUGAGAAAACGUCAAAAGAAAAAAGUGAUUAUGGGACAACACCUUACUGGAAAAAUGGAAUCCCGUGUUCAAUUCGAUGAAAAUGACAACAAUGGUCUGACAAUAACAAACCAAUAUAUCCCCGAAGAAUUACUUUCUGAAAUUCUUUGUUAUGUUCCCUACAAAACACUGUUAAACUGCCAAUUGGUAUGCAAGAGAUGGAAGAUAUUAAUACAAGAAUAUGUAUGGCGUAAGAAAGCAGAAAUGAUAAUUCAACAUUCAUUGCCACCAAUAAAAAAUAUGCCUUGGUCUGUCUAUUAUGAUAUUUGCAAGAAGAGACCAUUUGAAAGAAAUUUGCUUAAAAAUCAUUCUGGGAAAGAAGAUAUCAAUAGACACUGGAAAAUUUGGAGCAAUGGUGGAGAUCACUGGAUAGUAGAAUGUCCACCGCUUAAUGUACCACCAUUACCAUCUGAUCCAGUUUUUGAAGGAGGGCAACACUGUUUUGUAACAUCUUACAGGAAUUGCACCAAGGAACAGACAAUAGACUUAGGAAAUGAAGGAUUAACACCAUACUUAAUGGACAAACUACAGCCACCUAUAGUGAUAAGUGAGUGGUACAGCUGCCGAUGGGAUUGUCCUGCAAUCUAUGAAUGUACUGUAGAAUUAUUAGGAGACUCACACGAUCUAAUAGAUUCAUUUCAAUUUCAUGAUAUCAUAGAAGGAGAUCGACAGAAUCAAUGGCAUCGUAUAUCCCACGAGUUUAAAAAUUAUGGUCCUCAUGUAAAACAAAUAAGUUUCCGUCAUGGUGGUAAGGAUAAAUCCUUUUGGGCAGGUCAUUAUGGAAGUAAAAUGGCUGGUGCUUGUGUCAUAGUUAAAAUUCCUGAAAUGCAGAAUUCUAAUGAUGAAAUAUCAAAUACAUCUUCAAUAUUAGAUUUACCCUUUUUAAAAUUAUAUGAAUCCAUUGACUAAUUCAUAGUGAGUGGUAAACUGUAUCUGUUUAUUAGGUACAUAUAGAUUAUUAUGUCUUGAGAUUUCCUUAUCAUUAUCUUGUUUGAAAAGAUGAACAGCUCACAAUAGUAUUUUAUAUUAUUUAUAUUGUUUUUAUCAAUUAUUAUUAACAGAAAAAUGUGUAUUCACAUAUGCUUGUAGAAGAAGGUAUAGGAAAUGUUUUGUAAAAUGCAUGAUUACUAUUUUCACGUUGAGGUAUCAGUCGCAAUAACUUUAAAUAUGAUUAAUUAAAAAAUAUUAUUUAUACGGGUUUGAUUGUAUGCAAAAGAAAUGUUAUUAAUAUUAAAGGUAUCAUUUUCUCAAAGUACACAGCAGUUUUCGCAGCAGAGUUUCAGUAUAGUACUAAUACUAAUAUUAUAUUUUAUACAUCACAACAUUAAUUCCACAUCGAAUUUAGUCUAAAUGCCAUUUCAACCAAAUUCUGUGGUGCUGUGUCUUGAUAACAGACAUAUAAUUCUUUAGGAUGCGGUGUGGUAUACAAUCGUCCAAUCACCCAAUACGAUAAACUAUCCCAUUCAAACAGAACACCAUGUUCUUUAAUAGCAAUAAGACUUUUGUUAAUCACAGAUUUAUCCAUAUCUUGACUUAACAUCUUCUUAAAUCUCACCGUGUUGUGUAAUAAUUUAUGAAUAAUGUGUGCGCAUCUGUUGAAGUUAGUUAAAAUCUUAGCAUUCUUUAGAGAAUUUUCUGCAGUUUCCGAUGAUAGCAGUAUACCCUCAAGCAUAUCUAAGUGGAUAUAAUGAAAGAGAACAUUUUUUUCUCCAGACGUUAAUUUCUUUGGGACAAUAUAUUCUGCUUGAUUUAGUAAAUUCUCUCUGAUGUCCGAAAUAUCCAUUGUACCCACUUGACAGUCAUUCUGCAAUAAAUAAUGCUUCAUUUUAAAGCAAUGAAAUUGUAUGUUAAAAUUAAUCUAUAGAAUUAUACUGACUCUGUACAUAUCCACAUCUGAAUCACUAUCUUCUGAAUUUUUUGAAGUGGCAUUGUUACGUUCUCUUGUUGCUCUUCUGCCUAAAAUUGGUGCAGCUUCGUCACUGAUUUCACUUAUUGCUCCUGUGCCCUGGCUUAUGGAGUCCUCAGACAUUUGUAAAGAAUAAACUAAAAUAAUUGUCAAAAUUA